AUGUGUGAAAGAGCCUUGCAGCUCCGCCGGCGGUGUUUGUUUCUGUCAUAUGAGGCAGGAGUCGGAAUGGCGCUCCAGUGCCCAGAGGUGGCGAGAAGAGCAGCCGACAUCUUGCUCUACGCACAGAAGUCGAGUGACAGGGGAGUGGACGGAGUUGUUGAAUUAGCCGCCUGUACCCGCCGCUGGAUGCAGAACCGCCAGUUUUCGGACUGGCAAGAGUGCAUCGAGUGGCUUCUCUUUGGUGUGGAGCGUCAGCAGGAAAUUAGCGGCGUGACGAACGCACAAAGUGCGCUAUUCAGGCAGACGUUGUUGGAGUUGGCUACCCUGUUUGAAGAGGAGGCGCGUGAGUAUCAUGCCGCUGCACCCCCCUUUGCUGAGGGUUACUGGAGGAAUGCGCAGAAGCGGCAGCGUCUGUUGAGUAGCGGUGGGUCCGAUGAGAGAAGGAAUUUGUGUGGGACUCGUAUGACUUGGAGCAUUGCGGCGGAGUUGCCCCUAUCGGUGGAGCAGGCCUUUUUGCUUCCCUGA